UCUCUCUCUCUCUCUCUCUCUCUCUCUCUCUCUCUCUCUCUCUCUCUCUCUCUCUCUCUCUCUCUCUCUCUCUCUCUCUCUCUCUCUCUCUCCCUCUCCCUCCCUCCCUCUCCCUCCCCACUUCCUUCUUCCACACCGGGAGUGUUAAGAGACAGGGAAGCGGUAGGCCUCACUGAAGCCUCGGCCUGACGUGAUGUCGGAGCCGAAGACAGCCGCUCCGGCGCCCGGAGACACGUACAAGGGCUGGCUGUUCAAAUGGACCAACUAUAUCAAGGGAUACCAGCGGCGAUGGUUCGUCCUGAGCAACGGCCUGCUGUCCUAUUACAGGACCCAGGCGGAGAUGGGCCACACAUGUCGUGGCACUAUAAAUCUGGCUACAGCCAACAUCGCUGUGGAGGACUCGUGUAACUUUGUGAUCUCAAACGGAGGUGCACAGACGUAUCACCUGAAGGCCAGCUCUGAGGUGGAGCGACAGCGCUGGAUCACAGCCCUGGAGCUCGCUAAGGCUAAAGCUGUGCGCAUGCAUGCAGAGUCAGAUGACUCUGGGGAUGAGUGUGCCUCCUGUCCACCCAUGACAGGUCAAGGUGUUGGGGCUCGUAACUCGGAGGUCCAGUCCACACUAAGAACUCUAGGAAGCAAAGUGGAGGACCUCAGUACAUGCAAUGACCUCAUUGCCAAACAUGGCUCCGCCCUCCAAAGGUCCUUGUCUGAACUGGAGAGCAUUAAACUGGGUGGAGAGACCAGUGAUAAAAUCCGGCAGGUGACGGAGAGGGCCACGCUGUUCCGCAUCACGUCUAAUGCCAUGAUCAACGCAUGUCGGGACUUCCUGGCCCUGGCUCAGGCUCACAGUAAGCGGUGGCAGAAAGCCCUUCAGGCCGAGCGGGAGCAGAGGGUUCGUCUGGAGGAGACGCUGGAGCAGCUGGCCAAGCAGCACAACCACCUGGAGAGAGCGUUCAGAGGAGCCACAGUGCUGCCCGCCUCAUCCAGUAACACCAUAGCUGAUAGCAAAGGCUCAGCUGCAGCAAAGGGUGAUGCCAGUGAUGAUGAGGAGAACGAGUUUUUCGAUGCGUGUGAGGAGUUUAUCACCGUCCCAGCUGACCCCAAAUACCACAGGAGGUCGGGCAGUAAUGUCAGUGGGAUCAGCAGUGAGAUGGGGAUGGACGAUGGCACCACAUCGUUGGAUGAGCAGUCUCUGACGUCCAAUCCGGAGUCUCCUCAGUCUCAGGAGGUGGAGCCUGUGAGGAAGAGGCGGACCCGAAUCCCAGACAAACCGAACUACUCGCUCAACCUCUGGAGCAUCAUGAAGAACUGCAUCGGAAAAGAGCUCUCCAAAAUCCCCAUGCCCGUGAACUUUAAUGAGCCGAUCUCCAUGCUGCAGCGUUUGUCAGAGGAUCUAGAGUACUCUGAGCUGCUGGACCGAGCCGCUAAGUGCCAGAGCUCACUGGAGCAGCUUUGUUACGUAGCGGCCUUCACAGUCUCGUCUUAUUCUACCACCGUACAUCGUACAGGAAAACCAUUCAACCCUCUGCUGGGCGAAACCUUCGAGCUUGACCGCCUGCAGGACAGUGGAUACAGAUCCCUCUGUGAACAGGUGAGUCAUCAUCCUCCUGCUGCAGCUCAUCAUGUGAUCUCUGAGCGAGGCUGGACCCUGAGGCAGGAAAUCACUGUGGCCAGCAAGUUCAGGGGCAAAUACCUUUCCAUCAUGCCUCUCGGAUCUAUUCACUGUAUUUUUGAGAAGAGUAACAAUCACUACACCUGGAAGAAGGUGACCACAACCGUGCACAACAUCAUUGUAGGAAAGCUGUGGAUAGACCAGUCAGGAGAGAUCGAUGUGAUAAACCACAGAACAGGAGAUCGCUGCCACCUGAAAUUUGCUCCUUACAGCUACUUCUCCAGAGACGUGGCCAGAAAGGUUACAGGUGUGGUAACAGAUAAGGAUGGUAAAGCUCAUUAUGUGCUGUCUGGGACAUGGGAUGAGAAGAUGGAGUGUUCUCGUGUAAUGCAGAGCAGCCGAGGAGGCGAGAACGGGACAGAGGGACGUCAGAAAACCGUCUACCAGACACUGAAAGCUCGAGAGCUCUGGAAGAAAACUCCUCUGCCAGAUGGAGCAGAGAACAUGUACUACUUCUCAUCGCUGGCACUGACGCUGAACGAGCCGGAGGAGGGCGUGGCCCCCACAGACAGUCGGCGACGCCCAGAUCAGAGACUGAUGGAACAGGGGCUUUGGGAUGAAGCCAAUGCUGAGAAACAGCGACUAGAGGAGAAACAGCGCACUGUGAGACGGGAGAGAGAGAGGGAGGCGGCUCAGAUCGCCAAUACUGAAGACAGUGAGGCUCUCAUUGAGGACUCCAUAACUGACUCGCCUCUAAAAAGCGUCCCGCAGGAUGCCUACAAGGCCCUUUGGUUCGAUCAGUACGAAGACCCGAAGACGGGAGAGCUCACGCACGUCUACAAGGGGGGGUACUGGGAGGCUAAAGAGCAGGGCGACUGGCACCUCUGCCCCGAUAUUUUCUGAAUCAGCACCGUGUGCACUCUGUCUGUAGACUGGACAUCAGAUCGGCCUGCUUUCUUUCCCCUUCCUUGGAAAGCUGGACAUUUGUCUGAACUUCCACAUCUGUCUUUUCUCAAAAACACUAGAGAACCCCACCCUCCGAUCAGCCCCUGCUCCUAACCCCACCCCCGCACACAGGAAAUACCAAAGGGGCGUAGAGGACCGCGCUCCAUGACCGCUGUGUGAUUUCCUGCUAACUUCUCUUAUCUCGGUCAGUGUUAACGUCUCGAAAGGGAAAGGACGUGUCUUCCACAGGGGUGUGGCCUAUAGGGGCGUGGCAUAUCCAGGCUGAUUGUAGUCAGAUUAAUUUUAUCAUCAGACAGCUCGAAGAUAAUGAAGGACGUGGUUUUCGGCUUUAAUGGGUCGAUGGUUCUGUUUUUCACACAAUCAUUUAAUUAAUUAAUUAAUAAAUAAAUAAAUAAAU